UUACUCCAGCAAGCGGAGGUACCAGAGGACAGUGACGAUGAAGCUGACCCAGACGAGGUGUUUGGAUUCAUCAGCAUGGUGAACCUCACUGAGAGACAGGGUGUGGAGUGUCUGGAGAAGCUGAAGGACAUGCUUAUAGAGCAGUGUGCUAAAGCCAGCUCCCCGGAUGUUCAGGAGGGGUUCGAGCAGCUGCUGCUGGGUAACGGACACUCUGUCGGGCUGCUGCUGAGCGAGAGAUUCGUCAACGUCCCGCCACAGAUCGCCCUCCCCAUGCACAAACAACUUCAGUAAGUGUUUAAUGGUCCUGACCAG